AGGUGUCCGGGCGGGCGGGAGGCCGAGGACCUGCUCCCGGAGGCGGCCGUGCACUCUGGGUGACCCCGCUCUCCGCUCCUCCUCCUCUCUCCCCACAGCUGCAUUGUGGAGCGGCCGGGAGUCCUCACAGCACACGGACAAGCGCAGCCGCGGUCUCCGGGAACAUGUUCCUCAAGUGGGGCUUUCCUGCAGCAUUUCUCGCCACCAUUGUUGGGAUAUAUUUGCUGCCAUCACCAAUUGACCCAGAGCCAUUCAUGUUUGAAAAGCCGCCAUCUUUAGAUGGACCAUUGGCGAUAAACCGAAAGCUGCACCAUGGGAAGAGAGAGUUUUAUGGACAGCUGAAAGGUCCGGAGUCCUUUACCAGUGAUCAUGAAGGAAACCUUUAUACUGGCACUGUGGAUGGAAAGCUGUGGAUGAUUCAUGGAGAGCAGCUAAAGUUUAUAACACAGAUGGGGAAGAAUGUUUCACAAUGUGGUAUCCCUGAAUAUGAACCAGUGUGUGGCCGUCCACAUGGGGUUCGAAUGGACAAUGAUGGCUAUCUGAUUGUGGCCGAUUCAUACUAUGGAUUAUACCGGGUACAUCCACAAACUGGGGAGAAGUCUCUUCUGAUCUCCAAUGAAGAAGGAGUGGAUGGAGUUUCUUUUCGAUUUUUGAAUGGUCUUGAGUUGUCCAAGAAUGGCACCAUAUAUUUCACAGAUUCAAGCAACAAAUGGGGUAGACGACAUCACAGAUACGAGGUGUUGGAAACAAAUCAUAGGGGUCGCUUAAUACGAUAUGAUCCAGUGAGGAAAGAGGCUAAGAGCUUACUGAAUGACCUCUAUAUGGCUAAUGGUCUGGCUUUAUCACCCGAGGAGGACUAUAUUUUAAUAGCAGAGACCAGCAUCUCCAGAAUCAUACGCUACUGGUUAGCAGGUAGUAAAGCUGGAGUGAAAGAAGUAUUUGCAGACAAUCUGCCAGGCUACCCAGAUAAUAUCAGAAUAUCUACAGUGGGCACAUACAGGAUUGGAAUGUCAACCUCACGCUUUCCUGGAUUUUUCCCCCCAUUUUUGGAUGCCAUUGCACCCUAUCCUGCCCUAAAGAGGCUUAUUGUGAAGAUGACCCCACUAUCCGCGUACAGCAUCUUGCUGAAGAAGCAUGGCUUAUUUCUUGAAAUGAAUACACUUGGGGAAAUAGUGGACAGCUUUCACGAUCCAGAUGGAAGUGUAACGUGGGCCAUAAGUGAUGUCUAUGAGCACCAAGGAAAACUCUAUUUGGGUAACACAGAUUUGCCCUUCCUAGUAGUAUUGUCAGCAUAGUCCAGCUGGACGAUGAUAUGUAUGUUACCUGGUCAGUAAAUAUAUCUGGCCUUUUAUAUACUUGGUUUAAAUGGAGUCCUGUGCUGUAGGCCAUGUAUUAUGUCUCAAACUGUUUAUUUUUUAUUUUUG